AUGGUAUAUCUCUGGAGGAGAAAUGGGCUUAAUGUGGAAAGUUGCAUCAGUGAAUUGGAGAAAAUAAAAAAUACAGCACUAAAGUGCUAUAACAACGACCUUGACACUGAUAUUGUUGAAAAAAUUUCAGAAAUGUUGUUGCUUGAUGGUUGUUUUGUGGUUGAAUUUAUUCAAGAGUACUAUGAAGUAGAGGAAAAAGAAGACGACAUCAUCAAAUUGGCAUGGAUGAGGAAUCAGGUACGUAGAGACAUGUUGUUACUAGAAAACCAACUCCCUUUCUUUGUGCUUAUCAGACUUUAUUACAUGACACUACGUCUUAAUGAAGAGAACUUCUUAUAUAUGGUGAGAAACACCUUACUUGAUAUUUUUUCAAAGGUGAAAGUUAUAUCCAAAUCAGAAAUUCAAGGUAUAUCAGAAGGAUUCGACCAUUUACUUGAUGUGGCACACAUGCUUUGUCGCCCAUCAGGUAAGAAAGUUGAACAAAACAUGAAUGCUAGCACAAAAAACCAGUGUUGCAAGAUAAGUUUUUGUGGCAACAGUUUACAAUUAUCAAACGAAAUCCCACCUCAUCUUAAAUUUUGGCAAUGCUAUCAUAUUCCAACUGCAACAGAGCUUUUUGACGCUGGAGUUAGCUUCUUAAAAACAGGAUCUGUGGGAGAAAAUAACGAGGAUAAAACAUCAUUAUUCGAUAUCACGUUUGAGAACGGAUUAAUGAAAAUCCCGUGUUUCGCGAUUGAUGAUACUAUGGAAACCUUCAUGAGAAAUAUGAUAGCUUUUGAGCAACAUACUUCAAAAGAACUAUAUCCUUAUUUCUCGAAUUAUACGCAUUUAAUGGCUCAACUUAUUGGCUCACAUAGAGAUGUGAAUUUUCUUCGCCAAAACAAAAUCAUCCUUAAGGACAUAGGAGAUGACAAACAAGUGGCCAGCAUCUUCAAGAAACUUUCAGAUGGGGUGGCAAUCACAGACUUUUAUUACAUAAAAGAAUGCAGUAAAUUGAUUCAACAUUGUGAAAAGCCAUGGAAUCAAAUGAAGGCAAGUUUGAGGCACAACUAUUUUCAGAGUCCUUGGGCAGGGACUUCAACUGUGGCAGCUAUUACACUUCUUGUGCUCACAGUUAUACAAACUGUUCUGGCUUUUACCGGUUAUGUUAAUAAGUAAUCUUUGCUGUU